AUGGCUCCGAAAACGGACUCACUUUCUAGUUCAACGAGCAGCGAUCGUUCUGUCAACUCUAGCGAACAGACGGAGUCACCUUCUAGUUCAACGAGCAGCGAUCGUUCUGUCAACUCUAGCGAACAGACGGAGUCACCUUCUAGUGCAACGAGCAGCGAUCGUUCUGUCAACUCUAGCGAACAGACGGAGUCACCUUCUAGUUCAACGAGCAGCGAUCGUUCUGUCAACUCUAGCGAACAGACGGAGUCACCUUCUAGUUCAACGAGCAGCGAUCGUUCUGUCAACUCUAGCGAACAGACGGAGUCACCUUCUAGUGCAACGAGCAGCGAUCGUUCUGUCAACUCUAGCGAACAGACGGAGUCACCUUCUAGUUCAACGAGCAGCGAUCGUUCUGUCAACUCUAGCGAACAGACGGAGUCACCUUCUAGUUCAACGAGCAGCGAUCGUUCUGUCAACUCUAGCGAACAGACGGAGUCACCUUCUAGUGCAACGAGCAGCGAUCGUUCUGUCAACUCUAGCGAACAGGUGUGA